UUCCAGUCACGCUCACCUACUUCUUCUUUUUUUUCAGCUCUAUUUAAAGCACAAAGUAUUUUUGCAGUUUGUUGUAUUUAUUUGUACUUGUUAUUUGUAGAUGACAUCUGAAAAUUCUAAUAAAAAGGACCCUGGUUGGAAGUAUUGCGAAAAGGUUGAUCCACACAAUAAUACCAAGUUGAAAUGUAUUUUUUGUAACGAAGUGAAAAAUGGGGGUGUGUCAAGAAUCAAGCAACACCUUGCAGGAGGAGCUAAAAGGAAUACGGUGGCAUGUCGCCGAUGCCCACCUGAGGUUAGAGAGGAGAUGAGGGAGUUUAUACGUAAAAGGGAUGAAGCAAAGAGUCAAGUUAAGUCUAUACCAGAUUUUGAUGAUGAAAUGAAUGAUGAUGAUUAUGACCCUGACGAUAAUAUUGUUGAAUCCAAUCCCCGUUCUAAGAAAUCUUCUACUCACAAAAGCACGACCUCCGCAUCCAUUCAUUCUAAGCCUAAGAAACCAAGAACCAUAGGGCCUCUCGACACUUACUACACUCCUGAACCAGAGAUGGUGGUGGAAAAUAGAAAAGCCAAAGGUAGACAGCCAAAAAUUGAUGAGAAUGAACCACAUAAGAAAAUAUUGAAAGACCGGGCUCAUUAGGCUAUUGCAAGGUGGAUAUAUGAUUGUGGGAUACCUUUAAAUGUUGUGAACAAUGAUAGUUUUGCGCCAAUGAUAGAGGCUAUUGGGCAAUACGGUCCGGGUUUGCCCCCACCAACUUAUCAUCAAGUGUGAGUUCCUCUUCUAAAAAAAGAGGUGAAACAUGUUAACAAGUUGAUGGAGGAGCACAAAAAAGACCAAGAACAAUAUGGGUGUACGCUAAUGAGCGAUGGGUGGACUGAUAGAAGAAAUAGAACAUUGAUGAAUCUUUUGGUGAAUUCUCCGAGAAAGACCAUGUUUCUUAAAUCUAUGGAUGUGUCUGGAAUUGUGAAAGAUGCAGAAAUGAUAUAUGAAUUGCUUGAUGGGUGGGUGGAGCAUAUUGGAGAAGCAAACGUGGUUCAAGUUGUUACGGAUAGUGCCGCGGCAAGUGUGGCGACAGGGAGGUUGUUGGAGGCAAACCGACCUCACUUGUUUUGGUCUCCAUGUGCUGCCCAUUGCUUGGACUUGAUGUUAGAAGACAUUUUCAAGUUACCAAAUUUGAAGACAACUUGGGAAAGGGCAAUAAUGAUGCAUGGUUAUAUUUAUAAUCGACCCUCUUUGUUGAAUAUGAUGAGGCAAUUUACCCAGAGGAAGGAGCUCGUUAAGCCGGCAAAAACUCGGUUUGCAACCGGCUUUUUGACUUUACAAAGGGUUUAUGAACAAAAGGGAAACUUAAGGAGAUGUUUGCUUCAGAGAAGUAGACCAAUAGCAAAUGGGCAAAAGAGCAACAAGGAAAACAUGUAGAAAAAGUCAUGUUGAUGGCCUCAUUUUGGAGGAAUGUGCUCCUUACUCUCAAGUUCGCAUCCCCACUUGUUAAGGUACUUAGAUUGGUUGACGGAGAAGUCAAGCCUCCAAUGGGAUACAUUUAUGAGGCUACGGAUCGGGCUAAAGAAACUAUUGCAAAUUCCUUCAAUCAAAAUAAGGAGAUGUAUGAUGAGGUCUAUAAGAUAAUCAACAAGAGGUGGGAAUCCUAAUUGCAUCGGCCUUUGCAUGCAGCUGGUUUUUACUUAAAUCCUGAAUUUUUUUACAAAGACCCAGAGGCUUGCAAAGUUCCAGAAGUCAUUGGAGGCCUAUACAAAUGUAUCACAAAGUUGAUUCCCAAUACUGCUACACAAAACCUUGUUUGUGUUGACUUGAUGAAGUAUGAGAAAGCUGAAGGACUCUUCGGUAACCCAAUGGCAAAGAGGCAAAGAAAUACAAGGGCACCAGGUAUCACCAUGUUAACCUUAAUCUAGUAACUAAUUUAAGUCCUAAGAGUUGCACUUUAAGAAUGUUUUCCAAUAUCAAUAUUCUAUGGUGUGUAGCUGACUGGUAGGCCUCAUUUGGUCAUGACACUCCCGACUUGCAAAAAUUUGUUGUCAAAGUUCUUAGCCUUACUUGUAGUUCCUCGGGAUGCGAGCAUAAUUGGAGUGUCUUUGAGCAUGUGAGUAUAUGAUAAUCAAGUUCAUUCAUUGACUUCCUUUAGUUAUGUAUGAUCAUGAAUUUAAGUCCCUUUUAUAAUUAAUUGUUAAUGCAGAUUCACACAAAAAAAAAAAGAAAUAAACUAGCUCAAAAGCGUCUCAAUGAUUUGGUAUUUGUUAAGUACAAUAGAGCAUUGAAACACCGAUACCUCAAACGUGAUCGCAUUGAUCCCAUAUCCUUGAAAGAUAUUGAUGAGAGCAAUGAAUGGUUGGUUGGGAAGAUGGAGGAAGAAUUUGUGUUCGAGGAUGAUGAUUUGAAUUGGGAUGAUGUUGCUUUAGCUUCUGGAGCCGAAGAACCAAGGAAAACAACUAGAGCAUCAAGUUCAAAGCCAACAGACUCAACAACUAUCGCGAAAAUGGCAAAACCAACUCCAAAGGCUAAGGCUUCAAGAGGAAAGACAUCUCUUAUAGAUGAGGAGAAUGAAGUGGGAGAAUGGGAGACGGAUGAUGAGGAGGAAGAUGUGGAAGGAUAUAAAUCAAAAUAAUCAUCAAAUGAUGAUGAAAUUGAAGAUGAAGUUCUUGGUUCUAAGAAUGAUGAUUAAUAAUAAUGCCUAUGCAUGCCUCUAGAUUUUAUUGCCUUUAAUCCUUUUGUUAUGUCUCUAAGGCUAAACAUUAUUAUGUUAGCUUUUCAUGGAUGAUAUAUUAUGUUUAGUGUUUGGUACUUUCGUUUAACCAUUGACAUGUUAUGUUUUAUGACAUGUGAAAGUUUUAAAAGUGUUUGUUUGUGUUGAAAACUUGUUCUAAUAAAAUUUGCCUCGUUGCAAAGAAA